AAUUAGUCGAUUUCUGCAUUUUCUGAAUCAAGUUCUUCAAAUCGCUAUUGCAGGUGAUCAAGCAUGGGAACACAGUUUAGAGCAGCAGUUAUCACUCUUUUUCUUUCAUCCCUCCUUCUUGAUCAGCUGGUGUUUUCUGAAUCCAACGAUGGAUUAGUGAGAGUUGGACUGAAAAAGUUUAAGUUAGAUGAAAACAACAGGAUCGCUGCUCCUCGACUUACCCCGCAACUACCGGGUUCUCAAAAGGAUGGUGUCACUGUAAGGCUAAAGAAUUACGAUAACAUGCAGUACUACGGUGAGAUUUCAAUCGGUACACCACCACAGAAAUUCAAUGUGGUUUUUGAUACAGGAAGCUCUGAUCUGUGGAUACCUUCCACAGAGUGCUACUACGAUUCUCCUGCUUGCUAUAAUCAUUCCAAAUAUGAUGCCCGUCGAUCAAUAACAUAUAGAGUGAACGGAAAAUAUACUGAGAUACACUAUGGUUCAGGUUCAAUAGCUGGCCACAUUAGCCAAGACAAUGUUUUAGUUGGUGGUUUAACAAUUAAGAAUCAGAACUUCAUUGAAGCAAGAAGACUGUCUGGUUCUGUGUUUGAGUUUACCAAGUUUGAUGGUGUUCUUGGCCUUGGAUUACAUGAGAUCUCACCUGGAGGUUCUGUUCCAGUAUGGUACAACAUGAUGAACCAGGGUCUGAUUCGGAAUCAAUCGUUCUCAUUUUGGCUUAAUAGUAAAACAACAGGAGAGGAAGGAGGUGAACUUGUAUUUGGUGGGACUGAUACAAGGCAUUACAAGGGGGAGCAUACUUAUGUCCCUGUGACCCACAAGAGCUCUUGGCUGUUUGAUAUGGGUGAUGUCUUCGUCGAGGGUCAACCAAUAGGUGUUUCUGGUUGUUCUGCAAUUGCGGAUUCUGGAGCUUCUUUGUUGACGGGUCCAACUGCUGGGAUUGCCAUGAUAAACCAUGAAAUUGGAAUCAGAGGAGUAGUUAACGAUAGAUGCAAGUCAAUCGUUGGACAGCAUGGACACAAAAUUCUCAACAAGCUCCUAGUAGUAAAGGAGUCACCCUUGAAAAUUUGUUCUCUAAUUGGAUUAUGCCCAGAUUAUGAAAGUAAUAAUAGAACACCAGAUUUUAUCGAUGUCGAUACGUGCAAUAAGUGUGAAAUGAUAGUUGUGUGGAUGGAGAGUCAACAUAAGAGGAAUCAGAGAGAAUAUGCUAUUUUAAAUUAUGUUGAUAAGCUAUGUGAUUCGUUUCCAACACCAAAUCUGGAAACAAGAGUGGAUUGUCAGCGAAUUUCCUCUAUGCCUGUAUUUUCGUUUUUAAUUGGUUCUAGAAAUUUUACCCUCUCGCCUGAGGAGUAUAUAUUGAAGACUGCCACUAAUUGCAGAAGUGGCUUUAUUGCCAUAGAUCUUCCUGACGGACCUCUCUGGAUUUUGGGGCAUCCAUUCAUGGGCCGUUAUCACACAGUAUUUGACUAUGUCAAUUCGAGAGUUGAUUCGAGAGUUGGAUUUGCGGAUGCUGCAUAA